UAAAAGUCCACGUUACCUUGCGACUAGUAUGGGUCUCGAGGACAAACAAGUACAGCAUAAUUUCGAUUAUGACACUGAAGUUUUUAAAGAAAACGUAUACUAUUGCAUCACUUACAUCACCCACAAAUGUCCGCCGAUGCAAGAGUUUUUCACCAAAUGGAUUGAACUGAGCUGUAGACAGAAAGCGUUGCUCAAUUAUAACGCUUUCUAUAUUUUGGAGAAUCCAGAAAUGAGUAUAUUCUCCUCUAUUAUUAAGGGAGUGAAUUACUGGAAUAAUGUACAAGAUACCGAAGGUGCUUGCGGAUACAACAAAAACCCGUUCGAAUUCAGGUUAGGCAAAGAGGAAGAAAGUCACAUUUUGCAAGUUGUCGCUGAUGCCAACAGAAUACUUAGGACGGUAAGGCGCAAAGCUGUAUUGUGCAAGGAAAUAGACAAUUAUAACUUUUGUUAUCAAAGCAACAAAGUAGUAUUUCUUCAAAAGCUUGGAGAAGUAGGUGACAUAAAUAAUUCAACCAAUAGUUGGUCAAAACUAUAAAUAAAAAAAAUAGUUUUUAAUAAACUGCAUUUCAAUA